AUGGUUGUUCGAAGCAGUUCAUCUACACCUGUACCAUAUGAUGAAAAUCAUCCAAUACAUAAAUUAACGAUUGGAACUCAGGAACAAAUUCAUAAUCUUGCUAAACAACAUCCAAUUCUAUUAUUAAAUCAAGUUACAGAAAAUGGAUUUCAAAAUCCAGAUUUGGAAUCUUUAAGAUGCCAAUAUAAUUAUAUUUAUGUUAUUAAUUGGUUAUAUAAUUAUAGAGGUUAUUUAAAAUUACAAUCGGAAUUAUUUGAUGUUGAUUUAUUUGAAUUGGAAUUAUUGGGAUUUUUCCCAAGAGAUGAUAAUUAUGAACGUGCAUCUGUGUUGUUUAUUAAUAAAUUGAAAUUACCAUUGAUUAGUAUUGCCAAAGGAAGUAAAAUUACAGAUGUGAAUAAUUUUGAAAACGUGUUUAGAGAGAUUUUUGGCAUUGAAACCCCAUUAGGUGGGAAAUUAAAACCAACACCUCAAAAACAAGAACAGCAAUCUAAUACCGAACCAGAAGUUGAAGUUAUUGACGUCGAUUCCAAUGACGAUGAAGCAGAAGCAGAAGCAGAAGCAGAAGCAGAAGAAGAAGAAGAGGAUUUACCACAAUUUGAUUAUUUAAAAAUUGAAGAAAAAUUUGAGAUUUUGUACAUUUUAUUGAAUUAUAUUUCGAAAUAUUCAAAAUUUAGAAAUUGGAUUGAUCAUCAAGGAUUAUCAUUAGAUCAAUUACGUAUGGAUCCAAUUUUUCAACCAGCUUCAGAAACUCAUAUUGAAGAUGAUUAUUUUACAUUAUUUGAUGAUAAUCGAUUAUAUAAAAGAACCACUACAUAUAAUUCAUUUAUUGUUCCUAAAAAAAGAAAAGAUUCCCCUGAAAAUCCACAAGAUUUUUACAAACCCGAAGUAUUUGAUGUUAAGAAUGUUAAAUUUGAAUUGAUUUAUAAAAACAUCUAUGAAUUUAAUGAAUAUUUAACAACUAUAAGAAAGAAGCCAACUUUCAAACCAUUGUACAACAAACUAUCAUCAAAAUUAAUAGUGGAAUCAAUAUUUGAUAAUGAAAUCAAAAAGAGAAAAUUCUUAACUGCAAGAAGAAAGGAAAUUCAAAUGGUGAAUCUAUUAGCUGUACGUAAAAGAAGUUCAAGAUUAGAACAAAAAGAACAAAGAAGAAGAGAAGAAAUGAAAUUACGUAAAGAACAAGAAAUUAAAGAAGCUGCAGAAAGAAGAUUUGAAAGAAGAUUAAAAGUUAGAUCAAAUGGUGGUAAUACUGCAAAAUUUGAUACUACUGGAUUGUCAAGAGAUGAAAGAAUGAAAUUAAGAAAAUUGAAUAAUGGAAUUGCCACUGAUAGUACCACUGCUAGUCCUUCUGUAACUGCAACAACAACAAAAAGUCCCACACCUGUUAGCCAUACAGUAUCUCCAACACCUGAAUAUGAUGCAUCUCAUGAAGUAAUUGAACUAUCAUCAGAUGACAAACAAGAUGAGGAGCUACAACCACCAGCUGAACCAGAAGCUGAACCAGCAGUCGAGCCAGCAGCUGAGCCAGAAUCAAACCCGGAACAAGUAGGUGAAGCGGUUGUAAAUAAUGAAAACAAAGAUGGUGAUGAUGAUGGUGAUGAUGAAAUUCAAAUAAUUUCAGAAACAAAAAAUGAAUAA